AUGGCUACCCAACUACACUCAGAUCUCGAGGAUGUUGUCAGACACAGCUCUACGAACAAGCAGGAGCGUGUGUCGGAGCAAAUGGAUGAGAAGGAAGUGGGCGCGGAGCAUAUCCAAGACAUCCAACAAAACUAUUCUUAUGACGAUGAAGACGAGGAGCCAGAACUCCAUGCUACAACUUGGAUUGCCCUUGGCAGCAUGUGUCUCCUGAUCCUUGCUGUCCUCUUUGCUCUACAAGGCCCGCCCACUGUGCUCACCUGGAUUGGCGAGGACCUGCACAAUUCAAAGGCCACGGCAUGGAUCCCAACCCCGCUGUCGCUCCUACAAGCUGUGAUAUCCCCUCUUAUAUCUUCUGUUGCAGAUAAAUUCCAGAUCCGGAAGCCUCUCCUCAUGGGCUGCGUCAUUCUUCCAUUCAUUGGAUCAGCUAUUGCUCCCGGAUCUAGCAACAUAUACCGAGUCAUCGUUGCGCAGAUUUUCAUUGGAUUUGGCCUGGCCUUGGUUCCGCUCUCAUACUGCAUCUCCAGCGAGAUCGUGCCGAGAAGAUGGAGACCUAUAUCGCAAGCGAUCAUCAACUUCGCAGCUGCCAUCGGCGCUUGUCUUGCCCCCAUCACUAUCGGAGGGCUUACCAAGCAUAACCCGCAUACAGGGUGGCGCAACUUCUAUUGGGUCCAGUGUGCGCUCUGGGGCGCCACAGCAGUAGGUAUCUUCAUCGGCUAUAAGCCGCCAAAGCGACACACUCGUUACGACCACUUGUCCUUCUUCCAGAAGCUGAUGGCUGUGGAUAUUAUUGGACUUUCCCUCUACAUCGCCGGAUUGACGUUGUUUAUGACAGGCGCCAAUCUAGGUGGUGGCAUUGCAAGCUGGACCGAUGCUCGCACCCUAGUCCCACUUGUCACUGGUUGUGUCCUCCUGGUUUCGUUCAUUCUCUACGAGUGGCUAGGCACGAAGGAGGGAAUUCUCAACCACGAACUAUUCCGUGGAGGCAAGGCGCGUGGCCGAACGUUUGCGAUUUGCGUCCUUUUCCUCUUUGUCGAAGGUGCCUUAUUCUUUCCAUUUUUGAUCUUCUAUCCUCUUCAGACUUCUGCCCUCUUUGAGAGUGAUCCUCUCCUUCUGGCUGCCCGUGAACAGUCGUUCUGGGCUGGUACUGGGGUUAGCACACUCCUCUGGGGUUAUGCAAGCACCAAACUUAAACGACUUCGAGAACCUAUCUUUAUUGGCUUCGUCAUCUUCCUUGCUGGUAUGGUGGGCAUCACCACCAUUCAACCCAACGAUUCAGUCAGCUCUGUCGCCUUCUCCACGUUGGCCGGUAUCGGCUGGGGAUCGCCCCUGAUCUUGGUUAUCGCGGCGGUGCAGCUUGCGACACCGCAUCACAUUUUCAUAACGGCAACAGCCGUCACCGCUGCAUCUCGCGCUCUUGCUGGCACCAUCUUUACCGCUGUCCUCACGGCGGUCCUGAAUAACAAUCUGGCAAGCAAGCUUGGUCCUUAUAUUACAAAAGCGGCUCUGAGCCAAGGGUUACCCAAAAGCUCAAUCGCUGCUUUCAUUGCGGCCGUCGAAGCAAGAAACGCCACCACAUUGGCGGCUGUGCCUGGCGCUACGGAAGCUAUCAUCAGUACCGGUCUUUACGCGCAGAAGAAAGCCUACGCAGAGUCACUCAGGACAGUCUUCAUCAUCACGCUACCAUUCGGCUUACUGGCCUGCAUAGCGUGCCUCUUCAUGAGCGACCUGCGAAAGGAAAUGAAUUAUAUUGUGGAUGCGCCACUGGAGCACCUGACUGCCAAGCAUCAUCACAACGGCAACGAGAGUCAAAGUAAGGAAGCAUGA